CCUCAGUUCAGAACAAAAUGGCGUCUUCUGGUGGUKUGAUAGAGUCAUUCGCUGUGGGACAAAUUUCGGAGGUUUUAUCCAAAAGUCACAAAAGAAAACAGGAUUGUGACACCAGUAGUGGUCUAAAGAACCUUUUUAGCUCAAGUUCUGCUGUUCAACCGGUUUUUGUUCCUGUUUUAGAGAAGAAAAAGAAAAGAAAAGCAAACAAGGAGCAAGUUACAGAAGAGGAACCAAAAAGUAAAAAGAAGAAAACAAACAGUAAAACAUCAGCAGCUCAAGAACCUGAAAAUAAAGAUGAAUCACAUGCAAAGAAAAAGAGAGAAGAUCCAGAAAGAGAAGAAAGAACUGUAUUUGUAGGGAAUAUUCCAGUAACACUUACUAAAAAGGCUUUAAGAAAAUUUUUUGAUAAAUAUGGUGCAAUAGAGAGUGUACGAUUCCGAUCAGCGGCUUUAGCUAAACCUAACCUUUCAAAAACUGUGGGAAUGAAAAAGAAAGAAUAUCACAAAGAUAGACAUACUUUGAAUGGAUAUGUUGUAUUUGAAAAAAGAACUAAUGCUGUUGCGGCUCUUGAAAGCAAUGGUGAAGAGAUUGAAGGAGUCCACAUAAGAGUUGAUUUGGCAAAAAAUGAUAAGGACCAUGAUCAUUCUAGAUCAGUAUUUGUUGGUAAUUUACCUUUUGGCAUUGAGGAAGAGCAAAUAAGACAAGUGUUCAAARAAUGUGGUGAUAUUGAGUCUGUAAGGUUAAUAAGAGACAAUAAAACAGGAAUUGGCAAAGGCUUUGGAUUUGUACUAUUUAAGGAAAAGGAUUCAGUAGGUUUUGCUCUCAAGUUAAAGUUGCCCGAAUUUAAUGGAAGRUCAAUAAGAGUAUUUCCAUCAUCCGAAAACCCCAAAAAGGGUCAUUUCUCAAAGGUCAAAAAAGGCAAGCCGCCGACACACUCAUUUAGUGGUGCUCAAGCUAAGAAAAACCUAAAACUGAACAUACCUAAACAUACAAAAAGAAAAGAAAAAUUAAGAAACAAAACAGGGGCUAAGAAAUCUAAAGCUCGUAGCACUAAACGAUCCACUGCUUACAAACAAGCACAAGUGAAUGAAAGAAAACAAAAGAAAUAAAAGUUACAUUAAAAUAUUUAUUUUAUUUUCAUCA